GAUCAAUUACACGAUGCAUAGAGCUUAUGAAUUCGAUAUAUUUCCUCUUUCCACCAAAGUCCUUCCCCAAGCAGUUAGGCGCCUCUGCAACGAUCUUCAAAUUCAAUUUGAUUUGAGCAAGCAACUCGGAGCUAAAAUUCAGCCUUCCCAUUUUCACAUCUCGCUUUGCAGUAAUGCGUCUCUGAGUCUACUACGCCGGGUUAUCUGUUCAAGAGGCACGGCUCUCAUAAGUCAUGAUCUUUUCGUUGUUCCAUAAUCCCCAGCACCGAGAGGAACGAGCUGAAGCUCUUGUCUUGCUCCGUAAAGAAUCUCUCGACAUAUACAAUCGGCUCCAUUCCAUCGCAGAAGAUAUUAAGUUUGUUGAGGACGUAUGCCAGAGCUAUCCGGAUCUGCCUGUCCUGCCAAAUCUCCGCUGCGGCGCAUGGUAUGUGGAUCCAAAGCUGAUGCGACAUGCGGGUGCCUAUUUUAAGUCAACAGAUGGGCAUACGAACAACUGGAGUUUCAACCUGAGGCGUCCUAACCUGCAUCUCCUUUCCACCGUCAUACAUUGUCAUGGCAUCAUACUAGUAGACUCUACUAGGGCGGGGAAGCGCAUGCCUGAUGCGCUUUCGAAAACCAUACCGAUCUGGUGCUCAGUAAUCAACAAGGCGAUCAGGAAACUUUACACCAAAGAUGCAGAUUGGGACACACACUUUUACUGUCCUCCAGGAGUAGUAAGUGCUCAAGAACAGUCCCAGAUUGAGACUCGCCUCGACGACUGGGCAACUUCACUAGCAGAAUCCUCGUAUUCACUUCCAAUCCUUCCUCUUCCGCUUAGACCAAUGUGGAUCACACCGUCUGCCUCUACAUUUCCUCGAUUGCCUCCUACCAGCGAAGCACAAUUUUUUCCAAUCAUAUGCGUGUCCGCUUCCAAACAGAUCCAGGAAGGAAUUGAACGACGGUCACAAGGAUUUGCGUAUGUACAAGGGUCUGGGGAUGACCAUGAACUAUGGGGACUUGGAUUGACACCGCAAAUUUUCUGGCAACAUCAGGACCAACUUCUUUCGGCCACUCGUGGAACUUUACCCGAGGUGGUAAAGACCCUGGUGGCAAGUUCACCGCACCGACAACACGAAGAUUGGUUAAAACCUCCUACACCCAUAUCCAAAGUGGGAGGGCGACUCCUGAUAUGCGCUAUUGCUGAUGUCCCUUCCGGUCUUCCCCCGCAUCUUCCCAACUCCGACGACCGAAUAGCAUAUGUUAUAGUUACAAAUGAACCCACUGCUUUCGACGACGCUGUUGGCAAGGACGAGUUCGAACGGAAAGACGUGCUUGUGCUCUCCAUGCAAGAGGGUAAGAGAGGGCAAGCGCAAUUUCUGCAGACUGUUCUACCCAGAGCGGUUCCGUUCAUAGGAACCUAUAUCAUGGGUGGGACUAAAGUCUGCAUUUGUUGUCACAACGGAAAAGAUGCGAGCGUAGGCGUCGCAUUGGCAGUUUUGCAGAUGUAUUUUGACGACGACGGUAGGAUACUUGCUGUUAAACAACAAGAGGACCUAUGUCGGCAUGCGAACAAACAGUCGAUCGCCACUCGCCUGCAGUGGAUCAUUUCAAGUCGACCUGAAGCAAACCCUUCUCGUGUCACGUUGAAGCGAGUGAACGAGUUCCUGCUAACUCCACCACAGUUCUUACGUACUAUCCUCGACGGUUCCAGCUUAGUCUAAAUCUUCGCGUCUUCGAUGUAAAGGUAUGUACGGAUAGAGCAAUUAACAGCGUAUGCGUGGCUGUAUGGUGCCUCCGUCGAUAAUGGUACAUAUAUAGUAGCAUAAGUCAGCUCAAGAAUAUGGUACGCGAUGUGUGCUAUGAUCCUCAUUGUGCUGUUUACUCUGAAAUAGUCUGCAAGGUCCUACUCCAUUCGACGACCUUGGGAUGUGCCUUGACCUGUGAAUAAUAUGAACGACCGACUGAUGAUAUAGCUCAAUAAUGCUCUGACCUUUGCCGGAUCGAAAUGCAAGACCUGGAGUCCCUCUAAAGACGUCGCGCGCGACAGAGCGACAUAUGCCUGACCUGAGAGACAAAACGUUAUAGAUAUACUUCGGUAACAACGUCAAUCAAUAGCAUACCUUUCUC